GCCAUUUCAAAUGCUGCAAGUGGAAGAAAGUUGGUACAUGCUUGGGUUCCUGCUGAAUGGUGGCCGACUGACCGUGGAUCGGUGAGAGUUUUCGCUGUUAAAAAGUACCGUGAGCUUCACCAGAGGUCAAGACAAUGCUUGUCAAAGCACAAUAUCGAAACCAAAAGAAGUUCAUAAAAAUCCCAGAGGCUUGCUUUGAUUUAUUUUUAGCAGAGGUGAAAGAGAAGUUUUCAUUACCACAGGAUCUUGUAAUUACAGUUACAGAUGAAACUGGUACAGAGGUGGACGAAGAUGUGUUUCCUGAUCUAAUGAGCACCAGUGGACUGCUUCUUGUUAUAAAUGCUUUAAAUGACAGUGGACCCUCCACACCUCAAUCUUCAGCCAGCUUUGAUACAGAUACACUCUCUUUAACUUCAAAAAGCAGUGAGGACAGUGACUGGUUUAGUCCAAAACGCUUUAGAAAGGACGAGGAUGAGGCUUCACAAAACUCACAGGCCAGAGAUUUGAUCAAACAAAUUCUAGAGACAAGACCAGGUGGAGCAAAUGUGCUGAGGGAGUAUGAAGAUACGGGGACAAUUACUGAUGAGACAAGAAAAGUUAUGGUGAACAUUCUAGUAGCCCACAUGAUGGAGACAGAAGGGAGAGUUCCACACCGCCUUACCAAACAGAAGUAUGGUUUGGGAAUUAUCACCUUGUUUCCCUCACUCAGAGAUCCCCAAGGGAGGACUGGAUAUGAACAUUUUUAUGAUGGCCAGAAAAACUCUGGAUUCUUGUCGUGGCGACUCAAAACCGUACAAAGGGGGACAAAACCUUCUGGAAAUAAAGAUGAUCCUAAAACAGAGGAAAAGGGGGGUCCUUUGCUUGACCGACAGCUGUGUCACCCUGAAGAUCAGCUGGACAGUGAUCAAAGUCUAGAGGCCAUCUCUCUGAUGAAUCAUACAAGCGACCGUGAGGUCAUCAUGCAGAAGAUGAGGGCAACAUUUAAAUACAGACAACGUCUUGUGCGUGAUCCAGAGAAAUCCACCACUAUUCUCUCUGUUUUUCCUCGAUUUCUGGAUACGAAAGGAUUGAUUCUCCAGGACUUUACACUCCUGUUCGGGUCAGAAACGGCUUCCAGACUCUUGGAAAGGUGGCCAACAGUUUUCAAGUCAAAGAUUAUCAAGCUAGCAGAAACCUUGACAUCCACUCCACUGCUGAAAAGAUUGCUGUCAUCUGCCAAACAGAACAAAGAAAGCAGCGAGGCAGAGGAUUUCCCAGAGUGGGACAGUGACAUAUCAUCCUUUCUUCUACUUCUGCAUUUUUUGUCGCCCCAAGUUUCUGGAAGAAAGAAAAUCCAGAAGAUGAGCAUCUCACAGGCAAUUGACCAUCUGGUGGUUUUUCAAAAGGCAUGCCGGAGUAUUCAGGAACACCUCGAGACAGAAGACAAUCGUCAACCUUACAUUCUUGCCAUAGGAAGCAGCAAGGAAGCCAUCAGUCAGUUCUUCAUUGUGCUUGACAAAAAGCUCAUCCCAUGUCAAGAAUCCUCUUCACUAGCGGCAAUCGAUGAACUGUUCAAGGUCCAUUUUGUGUUCAGUAUCAGUUAUGAUCCUCCACUUAAAGGUUUGUUCACAUUUCUCCAGACCACAGUGUACAGAAUUGAUGUUGGCAGCACAAGUGAAACCCCAAGGGUGAAGGAGCUCAGAGCUAAAUUACUGAAUGAUGUUUAGAUGCUACAUCUGUAAAUCACUGUUUGCUACAACUGUAAAAUUAAUUCGGCACCUUAAACUUGUUCAUAGUUUGUAUCCUGGCAAGAAGUUUGAGUUGGUUUGUGCUCAGGAUGGUUGCUUCCUACAAUUUAAAAGUUAUGCAGGGUUUAAAAAACAUUUAACCAGAUUUCAUUUUAGGGGUGUGGCAUCAAGCAGUGGUAACAUAUCUAUUCAAAAUCAGCAUGCUCCAAAUCCUGACGAAGCACUUGUGUCUGACACAGAGCAAAUGACAGAUAAUGAUGCUCAAGUGGUUGAAUGUUCUUCUCUUUCAAGGGAUAGUUCAAGGGAAAUGUGUGC